GCAGAUCUUUCAGUUGCCGGUUUAUCUGUUACAACAGAUAAAGGAAUAACAAUCUAAAAAUGUCAGAGAAGAAAUCUAAAAAGAAGAAGAAGGAUGAAGAAGGAGGCGAAGGAGGCGGUUCUUCCAAAAAAAGUUCUUCGAAAAAAAUCAAGCGCUCGGCUUCCAAUGUCUUCUCAAUGUUCACACAGGCCCAAGUAGCCGAAUUUAAGGAGGCUUUCCAAAUAAUGGACCACGACAAGGACGGGAUAAUCAGCAAGGAAGACUUGAGAGCCACUUUCGACAUGGUUGGUAAAAUUGCCAGCGAAAAGGAGCUGGAUGAAAUGGUUCAUGCAUCGGGUCCAAUUAAUCUUACGCAACUGCUCGGAUUGUUCGGCAACCGCAUGGCUGAAACGGGUGGUACGGAUGAAGAUGAGGUCGUCGUUGCGGCGUUCAAGUCUUUCGACGAAGAUGGAGUAAUCCCCGGCGAAAAGUUUCGGGUUGCCCUGAUGACUUAUGGCGAUAAAUUUACCGAAAAAGAAGUAAAUGAUGCUUUUGACGCGAUGGAUAUCGACGAUGAUGGAAACAUAGAUACGGCAGCUCUGAUUACUUUGUUGACUGCCACGACUGAAGAAGAAGGCGAAUCAUAAAAAUAAUAAACAGCUUAUAAAUUUGUUUAUCUAAUAAUUGUCUGAUUUAAAGCCACAGAUUACUAUACGUUAUGACCAAUUUUUGGUGGUUGUUUAUAUUGAUUCAAUCUGGUAAUUGUUUAUAUACUUAUAUUAUGUGAAUAAACAGAAUUUAUAUAUAGUA